CUACAAUUCCAUUUCAGUUUUAAUGAAACUCAUUUAAUCCAGGUGAAAUCUUGCCUGACUGAAUCCGUGCCUUUACGACGCUCAAAUGCGAUUAUGAAACACACAAGCUGGGAGAAUAGAAAUGCAUUGAAGUGGUAUUUUAUUGUGCGGGUGCUCAAGUAUUUAAAAAAUUAAUAAGACAAAGGAUUCAUUUGAAGUAAUACGCAUCUACGUUUCAUACGACGUCCAUGACGUUGACCAGCCGGAGACGCACGGGAAGCCAGGCGGUAUAGCAUCAGCAAAACGCCAGCAGGUCCUUCCGCUAUAGUAUCGCGAUGCUCCGAGAAGCUCCCCGAUCGAGCGAUGGCAAAUGACAACAGUCACGAUGGCAAAUGACAGCAGUCACGAUGGCUUUGUUACAGUGUACAGCAGGAAGAGUCCGACAAAGGAGUGUUUUACGGGCGAUGACAACCUCCAGAUCCAGAUAUUUAAAAUCAUCGUGAUCGGAGAUUCCAAUGUAGGCAAGACGUGUCUCACUUACAGAUUUUGCGGUGGUAGAUUUCUUAAAAACCCCGAAGCAACAAUAGGAGUUGAUUUCAGGGAAAGGACUGUGGACUUAGAUGGAGAAUGCAUCAAGUUACAGAUCUGGGACACAGCAGGGCAGGAGCGCUUCAGAAAAAGUAUGGUGGAGCACUAUUACCGCAACGUCCACGCAGUGAUCUUCGUCUAUGACGUCACCAAGCUGUCCACCCUGGAGAACAUGCCGGAAUGGAUCGAGGAGUGCGCACGCCAGUGUGUCUCUCCCGCUGUGCCCCAGAUCCUGGUGGGAAACAAGUGUGACCUACAGGACAGGCGAGAGGUUCCCACCUCACUGGCCCAGCGCAUGGCAGAUGUGUACAACUUCCCUCUUUUUGAGACCUCUGCGAAGGACCCAGCUGAAAAGCAGCACGUGGAUGCCAUUUUCUUAACACUUGCCUACAGGCUAAAGAACAACAAACCACUACGACUGAAACAGCCCAGUGAAGGAACCACGGUGCAUCUCACAGAAGAACAGGAGCAACUGGAGAACCAGUGCAUAUGCUGAGCUAUCCCACAAAGAUCUUACCUCCCCACCUCAGUCAGCUGAUACAUGCUUAUUAAUACUAUCUGUGGUCCCCUACACUUCAAGGAACAGGUGCUUGGUCUGUUUGGUAAUAUUUUCGAGAAAGGAACAGCAUUUUUUUGUAAUGUGUUCAGGGAGUUUCUGUUGGGAUUGCAUUUCGCGAACUACACUUUGAUGGUAUGUUUCAUAUUUGUUGAUAUUGAAAUGAGUAAGUUGAAACACAUCAAAAUAGGAGUCAAGAUUCACUAGAAGGAAAAACAUUAAAUUUAUUAGCCAGUAUUUGAUAUUUGAUUUACUUUUUAAGUUACUUUAUAGCCUUGUAAUGGAACACUACCGAUUUUGAGUUAUGGACUGUUAGGUAAAUUACCGUAACACGAAUGCUUUGGUGUCACCAUGAAUUCAGUGUAAUAAUCUUAUGUAAUUUAGUAUAGUUGAUUACAGGUCUUACUUUAUGAACUCUACUAAUUAUGCUGAAAGUAUAUAAACUCCUCGCGUGAAAUGGAAAAUUACAUGAACGGAGGGACAUGUUAUAAAGGAAUCUCAAUGCAAGGAUCACAACGCAAUGGUAUGAUUGCUUAAUGUAAUUUUUUUUUUUAAUAUUGUAUAUCAAGGGUAUAUAAUAUAAACAUUGUAGCAAUUUUCAUUGGAAAUCCAAAACAAUUUGAAACAAAUUGUUUGGUGACCCUUUGGUAAGUAUAAAUAUCUCUUUGGGAUUCUGCUAUAGAACCCCAUUCUUAAUUACUUGUGAAUGUUUCUUUAAAAAUGAAAACUGUACCUGUAAAUGCUGACAUAAUACAUUGGACUGUACGAUAAUUAAACUGUAAAUAUCCCUUUUGCAGUGUUUUA